AUGGAGUCGUACAUGAAGGAGCACUGCCGCCCCGCGUGCGGGCUCUGCAGCGCCAAAUUCAAAUACGUGACGAUUGCAGAGCGCGAAAAGAAGGCCGCCGAGGCGGCGGGCGGGGGCGCGGGCGGCGGGCAGGCGCAGCCCGCCAAGGCCCCGGCGCCGUCGGCCAAGGCGGCGCCCGGGGGGCAGGGGACCGGGGAGGGCGGCGGCAAGGCGGAGGCGGGCGCGGGGGAGGCGGCGUCGAAGGGCGCGGACGGGGAGGGUGCUGCGGCGGCAGGGAAGGAGGCAGGCGCAGCGGCCGCCAAAGACGGCAAGCAGCAGCAGCAGCAGCAGCAGCAGCAGGCGGACGUGGUGGGCGAGGAGGACGCAAACCCGCAGCAGCAGCCGACGCCGAAGCCGCACGAAGGGCAGCAGGCGGCCGCGAAGGGCGCGGCGGCGGGCGGCCCCGGCAAGGGGCCGCCGGCGUCGAAGGCCGCCGCGGCGACCAAUGCUGAGCUGGCGGCCCGCCACCCAAAAAGCAGCAAGCGCUACUCCGAGCUCGUCGCGCGCUGCAAGCUGCUGCGGGACGCGUCGCGGCUGUCCGACUGCGUGCGCGCGGCCGGGCUCGGGCUGCAGUUCGACGCACCCCUCAAACACUCCGCCGGCGGCGCUGGCGGCGGCGGCGCGGGGGCCGGCAAGACGGCGGUCGUCAUGCUGGCGGGUGACGGGCGGCAGCAGCAGCGACAGACGCACGGCAAGGGCGACGCGGGGGACGCUCUUGAGGACCAGGAGAAGUUGGCAGAGGUGCACGCGGCCUUCCAUUCGCGGCCCGGGGGCGGCUUUGAGAACAUAUUGAUGGCGGGCGCCCGCGACCCGGUGGUUCGCGCCGAGGUGCUGCUCGUGGUUGGCGCGGCGGCGGCGGCGGCGGCCGUGUACGCGUACCGCAAGGGGUGGCUGCGGGCCGGGGUGGCGAGCUUGUUGGGGCGGCACGCAAAGGAGGCGCGCCUGAACGAGUAG